AUGUUCCAAGCUGCCCAACAGUCGUAUACAUCUCAGCCUUCAUCUGCUCCUACCAUUAACGCUAUGGCCACUGUGCCUCCUCAAAGCACUAUGCUUACCGGCCCCAACGGUGAGCAGAAACCUCGCAAGCUACGAGCUUCCUGCGAUGCCUGCUCGCGUGCAAAGGUCAAGUGCGACAAAGUCAGACCAACCUGCCACAGGUGCGGCAACAUGGGCAUCUGCUGCAACUACUCGCCCUCGAUGAGAUUGGGCAAGCCACGGAAGAACAGGAACCCAGAUGGCACGAUUAUGCGCGAUGUAUCGCCAGCUAGCUCGAUGAACUUGAAUCAGCGGCCAGACAUGAUCCCCCGCACUGCUGCUUCCUACACCACAGAGAGCUCUCCGGAACCCACAGACCCCUUCUUCUUCGGACCUGCCACUCCAGAGUACCAUUUCCAGGAUGCUUAUAUACCCACUGCCUUCGAAGGCGGCCAGUCACCUUUCUCCGAGAGCGGUUCUUUCCUCAAUGGCUGGUCUAACGAUGACCACCUGAUGUUUACGACCCCAUCAGACAUGUUCACUAGCAUGCCUCAACUUUCUACAUCCCCUUACGCGGGCCAUGUUCGAUCAUCGAGUAUGCACAGCCAACCGGAGAUGUUUGCGCCUAUGGAGGGCAUCAACUCGCCGUUAGCCAGCCCAACCUUCUUUGGAAUGUCAGACCAGCAGACUCUGCCCAUGUUCAGCCAUGACAAGAUGACGAUGUCUCCUCCAGCCAUGUCUCAGACUCCUCUUCCUACUCCACCUGCUUCCACCACCACCGCGAACCACGACUGCACACAGUUCGCCUUUCAGACGCUCAACAGCCUCUACUCACCGCCAGCUUCACUGCCAUCCGCAGGCGACUUCAACGGCUCCUCGAAUGGUCUGCCAACCCUUGAGACUGUCAUCUCCACCAACAAGUCGGCCGUCGACAAGCUCUUUGUACUCCUGGGGUGCCCAUGCUCUUCCAACCCGCAUUUCUCCACGACCAUCGCCUUCACCAUCGUCAAGCUACUUUCAUGGUACCAGGCAAUCUCUGGUGCAAGCUCCGAGGGUGAUUCUGCGAUGAACACUCAGAUGGAGAUGUUCUCCCAUUCUCCCAUCUCGAUGGGUGACUUUAGUCCCAUGAGCGAGACGGAUGAUGCUUACCGGGCUCAGCUUGUCCUGACGGAGCUUCGCAAGGUCGAGAAGCUGAUCGACAAGUUCUCUGAGCGCUACACCAAGAACACCAACCACGCCGAGACUGGAAUCGACGGCGGCGUCUAUAGCGCCUUGGAAUCUCUGCUCCGGACCCGUGUGCGCGACACUUUCAAGGUCACCAUGCGCAAUGCACCCGAUGACAUCAAGCGACAGGUGGCUUUGCGGUCUCACCAGCGCUCACGUACGCACACUCUCUGA